AUGCCUGACGACUUCCCAGUAGGUUCCCGUGUAUGUAGUAGUUGUGGUAUGUUUUUCAAAAAACAUGGCCAUUUCAACACUGAACAGGUCCCUCUGGUAAACGGUGAUAACCCUUACUUCGAUGGUGUCGACUUAUUCCAAGGUAUUCAAAAAGUUUCCAAAGAUACUCCGUACAAAUAUAUGGGUGUCUACUUCAAUCCAAUUAUUGAUAUUGACAAAAAUCGUGAAGUAAUUAACAGAGAAGCAAUAUCUAGGGCCAACAGAUUAUUCAAAUCCGAAUUGUCUGGUUUCAAUCUAGUCAGUGCAUUCGACUCACUUAUUGUAGGUUACCUCAGAUAUUACUGGUUUUUAGACUUUUCCCUAAAAGAUAUUAAAGCACUUUCUACUGCUAUAAAAGAAAUAAUGCGUUCUAAUGGAAUAAAACAUCCAUUCAUGUCAAAUGACUUCCUCCAUUUACCUCGUAAAUAUGGUGGAAGGGGGUUUACAAACAUAAAACAAGAAUUUAUGGUUUAUAAAAUCACUACAUUACUCAAAUUUCAUGAAAAUAUUAAAUUUUCUGUAUUUAUAGGUGAUGAUUUUGAUCUUUACAAAAAUUCAAGUAUUAUGGUACCUCCUCCAUCCAGAAGAUAUGACACAGCCUGUCAUUACGCCUCAGAACUUGGUUUUGAAUUAUCAUUUGCCGCAAAUGGACUGUGGACCGUAACUAUUCCAAAAGUCGAUGACGACAAUGUUACCACUUAUACUGUUUACUCAAACAAUGAAAAUGCAGAACAAUCUGAUAAAAUGUCAUCCAUCAUCAAACACUUUACCAAUCUUCAAUUAUAUAAACGUGUAAAAGAAGAGGAAGUAGGUGUUGCAAAGAAACGUUUGUGGAGAAGAUUUCAUGAACAUUGGAUACACUGGAUCAAAGGUUGGACCCAUAUCCCGGCUCAUAUCGAAGCAACAUUUUGGGAAGCAGUUUUGUCGUUAUUACCAAACAGAAUGUCAUUAGUUCACCGUGAUGCAAGUUCAAAUGCUGAUAGGAGAUGUAGGUUGUGUGCAAGUGCUGAUGAAUCAAUUGAACAUUUAGUAGGUGGAUGUACAGGUAUGAAUAAAUUCGGUAGAAUCACCCGUCAUGACAUGGUUGUUACUGAAAUCAUUAAAUCACUUAUUAAACGUUACAAAAUCCCCAACAUCACAAACUUCAAGGCACCCAUCUUCUCAAAUUCUUUAAAGGAAAACAAUCAAACCAUCAUCAAUGUUGAAAUCUUACGUGAUGUCUGUUUUAAAAACACUGACUCAAUACAAAAUAAACCUGAUAUUGUAAUCAUUGAUAAAGUAAAACACAUCAUCCGUGUUAUUGAUGUAUGUAUCCCUUUCGAUGGUAAUAUGCUGUUCAGACAACAUGAAAAACUAUUGAAAUACGAUUACUUCAAAAAACACUUUAAGAACCAAUACAAAGACCCAGAUGGCAGAUCAUUUGAUGUACAAAUAAUCCCAAUAGUCAUAGGUGCAUUUGGCAGAAUUAUAACUAAAGAAGUUCCCCACACUGAAAAAGAUAUAACUCUCACCAUCAAAUCCCUCAAAGAUUGUUUAAGUCUACUUCCACUUCCUGAAACCGAAAAGGUUCAUUUGUUCAAGAAAUUACCAAGAAAAGCAAUAAUUGGUACUAUCCUAUCUCUCCAAAGUUGGACCCAAAAAUUUAAAGCCUCAUAA